AUGUCUAGCCGACAUUCACGAAAUCUUAGUGCAUCACUUUAUGUUCGUGGACUUGCAGAAAGAGUUCGUUAUGACGAUUUGAAGAAAAUCUUUGGACGAUAUGGACGUAUUGUUGAUAUAACACUUCCAUUGGAUUAUUAUACACGUGAUGCUAAAGGUUUUGGUUUUGUUGAAUAUGAAGAAAGUCGUGAUGCAGAAGAAGCUCUUCAUGCUCUUGAUCGUUAUCGAUUAUACGGUCGAGAACUUGAAGUUGAAUUUGCACGAGGUGAUCGUAAAACACCGUCGGAAAUGAGAGCUCGAGAAAAAGAAGCACGUUAUGGUGGACGAGGUGGUGAUCUUGGUCGACGUGAUCGAUCACGAAGUCGUGAUCGUCGUCAACGAAGUGUUUCACCAGUAAGUAGAGAUCGACGUCGAGGUGGUGGUAGUCGAUCUCGGUCACCAUAUUCACGUUCACCGAUACCAAGACGAGCUGGUAGUCGUUCACAUUCGAAAUCGAACUCACCAAGUUAUGGUAAACGAAAUGGUGGUGGUGGUGCUGGCAAUAGCAGUGGAGCUCGUCGUGGUAGUCGAUCACGAUCACCUGGAGAUAAUUAA